AGUAUAUGUAAUCUUUGGCCAAACGUAGAAAAAACCGACGCGAACUCAAAGGGGUCGUUAUUUCGAGCUUUGCAAUAAAACCGUCAGCUCUAUUUUACGUGACAGACGGCUCCGCGUAUCGUUUUAUGCCAUUUAGUUGCGCUGGUGAAGUUGCCAUUAUGUUGCCUUUAUGUGGAUAAUACCAUUACCAGGAUAGUUUGCCGUCCAUGUUCUAAGAACGGAAUAAUCAACCUGCUUCGCGUUUUAUUUGUGUCCCAAACAUGAUGUCAGGAAAGCAUUUCAAGGGUCAAGAAGUCAGCUGCUGCAUCAAAUAUUUUAUAUUUGGAUUUAACAUUCUAUUUUGGUUGCUGGGAGUGGCGUUCCUGGGAAUUGGAUUGUGGGCAUGGAGUGAGAAGGGAGUUCUCUCUAACAUCUCCUCCAUCACUGAUCUGGGCGGAUUUGAUCCAGUGUGGUUGUUUCUGGUGGUAGGAGGUGUGAUGUUCAUCCUGGGUUUUGCCGGCUGUAUCGGAGCCCUGAGGGAAAACACCUUACUGCUCAAAUUUUUUUCUGUGUUUUUAGGGAUCAUCUUCUUUCUGGAGUUGACUGCCGGUGUCUUGGCCUUUGUCUUUAAAGACUGGAUUAAAGAUCAGCUCAACUUUUUCAUCAACAACAACAUACGCGCCUACAGGGACGACAUUGAUCUGCAGAACCUCAUCGACUUCACUCAGGAAUAUUGGGAAUGCUGUGGAGCAUUUGGAGCAGACGACUGGAACCUCAACAUGUAUUUUAACUGCACAGACACCAACCCCAGUCGAGAAAAAUGUGGCGUGCCCUUCUCCUGUUGCACCAAAGACCCAGCGGAGGAUGUUAUCAACAGACAGUGUGGUUAUGACGUUCGAGCUAAAUCGGAUGCCGAGCAAAAGAUGUUCAUUCAUCUCAAAGGCUGUGUACCACAGUUUGAGAGGUGGUUGCAUGACAAUCUGACAGUAGUGGCUGGAAUCUUUAUAGGUAUAGCACUGCUACAGAUAUUUGGAAUAUGCCUUGCUCAGAAUUUAGUGAGCGAUAUCGAAGCCGUGAGAGCCAGCUGGGUGCCGCCCCCCUCUUACAUCGUCCACCGCCCCCCGCCUCACUCAAGCAAGAAAGCCUCAGUGUACUCUUGAGGGAGACGCUCGCCCGGCGCGUUUGUUCACGUGAAGUGGCAGCUAGUCAUUCAGACACUCACAGAUCUAUGCCAGCAUGUUAAACGUAGCAGCUGAGGAACACAAGAUGCCAAGUGCACUGGAUCACGAGUGGGCGUGGAUUUCAUUUGCACCAUCUGUAAAUAUUUUUUCUAGAGCGUUUCAUGUGUCGAUAUGUGUUAUAAUUGUGGGAACGUAUCUGUGUAUCCGAAUGUGUAGGUGUGUAAGUGUAUCUGAGGGUCUAUGAGAUCUGUCACAUUUGGCAAAAUGUGUCUCAUGAUAUGAAGAGUUUGGUUGCAAAAUGAAAUAACUUCAAAAAUCAAGUUUUUUUUAUUGUGCAUUCCAAGUAAUAUCAAUCAAACUGCAGUUGGUUUGUUUUGAUUUAAGCCAUAAUAACUUAAAAAAUACAGCUAACUAACACAAUAAAACACAUGAUAACAUGAUAAAAACAUGUUUUUUGAAAAAUGUUAAAAACGGAGUUAUCUCAUUUUGGAACCAAACUCUUCAUAUUAUUUUUUAGUUUAUUUAGAUCUCUACCAACCUGCACUCAAGUAACAUAUUAGAUUUUGCUCUUUGCAGUUAAUGCACUGGGAUAAGCAUAUAGAUUUGAAGAAACUCAUUCUGUUUUGAGGUAAUAUUAGGGCAAAGGCAUAGUCAGGAAUUUAUCAAAGUUAUAUUUCUGUUAAAUAGUAGUCAGAGGCCCUCAAAAAUGUUACAUUUGUUUUUCACCCACAAAUUUCUUGUUUCUAAAAAUUCACCAUAACAGUAUUUGUAUGUGAUGAACUAAUUGUAAUGUAAAGUUUGUUGCAAAUAUCAGUGUUAUUUUAGCACUUUUACGAUACCAACACAGCUGUAUGGUAUAGCGUUCUAUAAUGCACUAAAUGGCACUUGUAUGUAAUUGUACAUCACUAAACAGCUUUUAAAAUAUUCUUUGUCUUUAUUUUCUGGAAAGGUCGUUCUGAUGCAGUGCAUUUGUAAAUGUUUUGAGAACUUAAACCUAUAUUAAUGCUUAUAAGUGGGGAGUGAAUAUUUGGUCUUAAGAUCAAAUAAACAGGUUUUAUAAA